GCAGUCGGUCUUUGCAUAUUCGCUUGUAUAAAACACUAACGGCUGGUCGUGCGCUCGAAUUAAGUGUAGAAAAAAGUUUCAUGGAAAAAUUGUACAUUUUGCUAUGAAAAUUGAUUUUACAAUGCAAAAAUAUGGAAAAUUCUAAUUGCAAACAAAGCAACAGUUUCAAAAUUAGUUAAAUUUUCUACUACGGCAAUAAAAAAACAACUCAAAAUGAUUUUUAGAUAACAAAAUUUCAUAAAUAUGUCAUCAAUAAGUAAAACUAAGAAAAAGACAGUAGUGAAAAAUAGAAAAUGUGAACUUCAGCAAAAAUGUGAAGUUUGAAAUGCAAUAAAAAUCAAGAGAGUCCGUAGGCUGUGGGGAAUGCAGAACUUUUAUAAGUACUGAAAAAGAGAAAUAGCAAACAAAACAAAUCGAAAGCAGAGUAGUGCAGAGAAGCGGCGUAAGUGAAGUAUAUACUGAGAAUAAAUAAAAAUAAAAUAUAAUAAAUACAAAAUAAAAUGCAAAAGUAAAAAAAAAAUUAUAACUUAGAACUACAACUUGCAGUAAAGUGUAAAACUCUGCAGUUGACCAAGAAAAAAAUUAAUAAAUGCAAGUAAAAUACACAUAAUUGGACCUAAUAUUGGCAGCUCGUGCAAAAGUGUACACAUGCAAAUACUUUAAGACGAAAUUAACCCAAAACCACGCACGCACACGCGGCACCUGUAAUUACAAUAAAAAUAAGCGACUGCGAAAAGGCGUGGAGCAGCAAAGAAAUUGCACAACAACAAAGAAAAACCUGCGAAAAGAGUAAUUAAAUGGAAAUGAAGCAGGAAAAGUCGACUGGAACUGUGAACUGAGCGUAAAGCAUAACGAACUCCGGCAGAACACGAACAAAGUUGAAAAAAACAUAUAUAUAGAACAAUAUGCCAAUAAGCACGCACUUAGUAACGCAAAUAAUACCGUGACAAAGUAAAAAUAAGUAAUAGUGCAUGAAAUAGAUGUGAAUAUAUGCUACGAAGGACGCGCACCAAGGAACAGCGAAUGCAUUUGUCUGACAUAGUUUUAGCUAGCUAGUUUAACAGUUCAACUGUAGCGUUAACACAGCGUGCGCCAACGCUUGCAUUGGCAAAAAGAAGGCUAGGUAGCACUUUAUCGAGCGCUAUUUUCCAGCAAGUACUAAGCAAACCAAUCAGUUAUCCUGCCAUUAAAAUAAAGCGCGCGCAACAAACACACGUAGUAACGCCCAAAAAUCAUAACAACUGCUAAGCAAGAAGCACCAAUAUUACUACUAACACUACAUCUAGAUAUUGGCAAACAUUUCCUAUUUUUACUAAAACACAUCAAUAAAUAGGAAGACGAUAUACCAAAAUACUUUUCCUAUAGUAUGACGUGCUGCAAAAGCUUGACGCCGGCGACAGUAACGUGAGAAAUAAUAGAAACGUAAAGCAGAGAUAAAAUAGUUCACCGUCAGCAAGAAAGUGAUAAAAAUAGUAAACGGAAGCUGCCAGCGUCACAGCCGUCGCACAGACUAAAUAAAAAACCACAUAAGCUAACAACAAGACUUACACAUCGACAUCAUCAAUAAAUCUAACCAAUACUUGAGCAACAAAAAGACAACCGACAGCACACGGCAAGUGGAGCAGCAAAAAAAAAUAUUACAAAAAUUCAUAAUAAAAGUUAUAAAAUACACAACGCCCACAGCAGCAGCAGCAAUAAACAACAAGCAUACAACAAACAACAAUAAGAACAACAAGAAUAACGGCAACAAACGCCUAUCACAACAAUUCAUCAUCCAUCAACGGCGAGUGUGUGUGUGCGCGUGUAUGUGUGUGUGUGAGUAAUAUGCUGUAAAUUGUAAGCACCUCCUCCUCCCACCAUCCCGACAUCAACAUACAUAAGCCAGCAACGUCGUCAUCAUCCACAGCUUUAACUUUAUUAAUACAAGCAAUUGCCAUUUCAUUCCGUUAGAACGGCAAUAUCGGCCCCUCGUUAUUGGUUAUAUUGGUAAAUAUAGCGUCGUAAUACUUUGUGCGCACAUCAAUAUGGCCUUUAGCAGCAGCAGCAUCAGCAGUAGUAGUAGUAGUGGCCGUGGCGGCGCAUAUGGCGGUGCCAGCAUAUCAACGUGGGAUAAAUGCACAACAGUGUUGCUAUUGCCGCGGGCACGCCUCAUCACCCUGUGGCUGGCUUUCAAUUUAGCGCUGAUCGUACAGGAGCCAAUGAAGAAAAUCGCCUCAGUCGAUGCAGCGACUGGUGGCGGCAGCAUGUUGGGUGACGUUAACAUAUCCGCUAUACUCGAUUCAUUUAGUGUUAGUUACGACAAAAGAGUAAGACCUAACUAUGGAGGUCCCCCUGUGGAGGUUGGCGUCACAAUGUAUGUCCUCAGUAUCAGUUCGGUUUCGGAAGUUCUCAUGGACUUUACAUUGGAUUUUUACUUUCGUCAAUUUUGGACCGAUCCUCGUUUAGCGUAUAGAAAACGGCCUGGUGUAGAAACACUAUCGGUUGGAUCUGAGUUCAUAAAAAAUAUUUGGGUACCUGACACCUUUUUUGUAAAUGAAAAACAAUCAUAUUUUCAUAUUGCAACAACAAGUAAUGAAUUCAUACGUGUUCAUCAUUCUGGAUCAAUAACACGAAGUAUUAGAUUAACAAUUACCGCAUCAUGUCCAAUGAAUCUACAAUACUUUCCUAUGGAUCGACAGUUGUGUCACAUAGAAAUCGAAAGCUUCGGCUAUACAAUGCGUGACAUUCGUUAUAAGUGGAAUGAAGGUCCAAACUCGGUUGGUGUUUCGAGUGAGGUAUCUCUGCCCCAAUUUAAGGUCUUGGGUCAUCGUCAGAGGGCUAUGGAAAUCAGUCUUACAACAGGAAAUUACUCACGACUCGCAUGUGAGAUACAGUUCGUGCGUUCGAUGGGUUACUAUCUAAUUCAAAUAUAUAUACCCUCUGGACUGAUCGUUAUUAUAUCAUGGGUAUCAUUUUGGCUAAAUCGUAAUGCCACACCAGCUCGUGUGGCGCUCGGUGUUACCACCGUGUUGACAAUGACCACACUGAUGUCGUCAACAAAUGCAGCAUUGCCAAAGAUUUCUUAUGUCAAAUCGAUUGACGUAUAUCUAGGAACAUGCUUCGUUAUGGUCUUUGCCAGUCUUUUGGAAUACGCCACCGUCGGCUAUAUGGCAAAACGAAUUCAAAUGCGAAAACAAAGAUUUAUGGCGAUCCAAAAGAUAGCUGAACAAAAAAAGCAGCAACUGGAUGGGGUGCAACCACCGCCCAAUCCGAAUCCAAGUGCGGGCGAUCAUGGACAUGGGCAUGGUCAUGGCCAUAGCCAUGGUCAUCCUCAUGGGCCUAAACAAACAGUGAGUAACCGACCAAUUGGCUUUUCAAAUAUACAACAAAACAUUGGCUCGCGCGGUUGCUCGAUAGUGGGACCCUUGUUCCAGGAGGUGAGAUUCAAGGUGCAUGACCCGAAGGCACACUCCAAGGGCGGUACACUGGAGAAUACUGUGAACGGUGGACGUGGCGGACCGCCGGUUGGACCACCCGGACCCGGACCCCAAGGCGGUGGCGGAGGAGGCGGCGGCGGCGGUGGAGGUGGAGCGCCCGAAGGUGGGGACGCCGAAGCGGCAGUACCAUCCCAUUUAUUACACCCGGGCAAGGUAAAAAAAGAUAUCAACAAGCUGUUGGGCAUCACGCCAUCAGACAUUGACAAAUAUUCGCGUAUAGUGUUCCCCGUGUGCUUCGUUUGCUUCAAUCUAAUGUACUGGAUCAUCUAUUUGCAUGUGAGCGAUGUGGUCGCCGAUGAUCUGGUGCUGCUGGGCGAGGAGAAGUAAAGCAAUCGACGGCUAGCACACAAGCUUAUUACUAAGCAACGGAUUUAUGUAGCAUUGGCGGCUUGUAGACACGCUAGGCGUGUAGCAGCGCAGCAGAGAAACGGAGGCAGGGAGUAUAACCGAUGGCGAAUCGCAAUAGUUUAGUUAAGUUUAUAUUUUAAGUCAACACAGCAUAGCAAAAACAGAAAAACAAAAACAAAACUAGCAUAAUUAUUAAAACAAAAGUAUAAUACACGCACGUGAAGUUAGUAUAAAAAAAGUUAGUAAAAGCAUUAGAAAACAGUCAAGAGACGACGAUGGUAUUAGUUAAACAAUUAAUAAUAAUUUAUACUGUGCAAAGCAAAAAAAUUAUUAAAAAUAAUUACAAUUAAAAAAAUGAAUAAAUAGGAAAAUAGAAAAGGGGAAACACGGAAAGAAAAUCAAAAUUAAACUCUGUUAAAUUCUAAAUGAAAGCAUGUCAACGUUCGUACACAGUAAAGUCAUGCACAUACACUGGAAAAAACUUAAAUACUUUAUAGGUAUAUAACAGUUCACUAACGAGUAAUUAAUCGGCGUUGCGCUAAAGCUCAUUAAUAGAAAUGAAUUAAAUAGAAAUGAAGUAGAAGAAUGGAACAAAAUAUUGUUAUUGUAAGCGGUGAAAGCUCAAAGUACUUACAACAAAAAAUGAUAACAAAAUAGCGGUGCACAUAAUAAUGAAAGCAUUAUAAGUAGUUAACGAAAUGCCAGUGAAAUGCGUAAAAUAAUUUACAAAUAAAUUAACUAAACAAAUUUGAAAAAGCAAAAAUAAAUUCAGCACACAUUCAUAUUACAAUAAAAAUAACAAUCUACACCUGCAUUAGCUACAAAAGUGAUUGUCGAAGGUAUGUGAAACCCUUUCCAUUUUGAUUUUCAAUACUUUUCGGCUUUAUCGCGAUAAAUCCUUGGAAAAUUGCAACUACAAGCCAUUAUAGUUGGUUUAGAGCUCUUUCGUGGUCCGAAUCCUUUUUCUAAGCACGCACACUUCCAUGUAGUUACACUCUCUGAAAGAGAGGUAUUGGAGGUAUUGACUACUACUAGUUCCAUUCUGUAUCAAUUUUUAAUUAAGUAAGCACUUUCUAUUCACAUUCAAAUAUUAGGAGAAAUACACAUCGCAGAUUCUUCAAUGUUUGACUUAGAAAACCUAAUAAUUUUGGUGUAAAAGAUAUAUUCGGCUUACUGAUGUAAUGAACGUGCAAGGGGCUUAUCAAAAAGUAUUUGCAAAUGCUCCGAAAAUUUAACAGUUUUCACAUUAUCCACACAUAAAUUCUGCAUCCCUGCGAUGGGUUUUUAGUAAGAAUAGAGCGUGUGUUUCACAUGACAAACCUCCAAACCUCAAAGCUCAGACUUGGAUGGCAAUGCGAACGGGAAGAAGAGAUCUCUGGGAGUAUGAAACAAAGUAGUAUUUUUCCAACCGAGCACUUAUGUAUGUAUGCAAUCUCAUCUACAGAAACUUGGUAAAGCGAAAAAAACAGAGGGGGAGAGGAGGAGAGUAUGAUGAAACAGUAGAACAUUUUUUGUCCGAAUACCCUCUGCCAAUUGAGACACAAUACUUUCUACCAUUACCAGUCUAGUGCAAAUAAGGGUUGAACACAUUUAGUAACUUUUUCAAAUCUAGCGCGAAAUGUGUUUAGUUGGAAAUUACUUGGGAGCAUAAUCAGCGUAAUGAUAGUGUAAGUACUGCCAUAUAUGGUCAGAUCUCCGAGCUCCCCUUUCAAGCAGUCAAUAAAAAGGCUGACAAAGUUUAAGCGAAAGAUCAAAAGUAAUAUUUUUUUUAAUUAGCUGGCAAAUAAUAAUAAUUAAGUUAAAAAACUCGUUAAAUUAUUUGAAAUUCACUCAUUAAUUAAGUACAAAAUAUGUGCAUUGGAGAAUAAGCUCAAUUGUUUAGUGUAAACUUCGUUAAUACAUACAAACACAAGUUCGAAAACACUUUUAAAACACGAAAGCAUAACUUUAUUGUUAAUUAGUAACUCAUUUAUAUUCAAUUGCUUCUAGUUGUAAUUUUUUGUUGUUGUUUUCGUUAGUGUUGUUAAUACAUUUUUGAAACAAUUAGCUAACUUAUUUAUAAUAUUAAAAACUUAUGUACAUACAUACUUAUAAAUUUCUACACUUUAGCGCUUCCAAAACUAUUUGCCAAAUUUUUUAAAAUUGCAAAGAAAGAAACUCCUUAAAUUAGCACAAAACGAGUUGUCGUCACGGCGGAAGGCGCACAUACACACAUACACAUAGACGGAAGUAUGUGUAUGCGUAGUUAAGCUCAGCAUUUACAUACUUAUGCAAUAUAUUUAAGUUAGUGUAACUUAGUGUUAUCUGAAGCAAUAGCUAUAAUAAAAAUAAUAAUUUGUUAGAAAAUUAUUUUUUUUUUUAUUUUAUUUAUUUAAUUUGUUAAUAAAACACAAGCAAACAUAUGCACCCUUUAACUACGAAUUGAUGAAAAAAAAAAAAAACAAAUCAUUGAAAUUCGAUGAAAUAAUGAAGCGAAAAUCCAUUAGAAAUAACAGUGAACUGUUAAAUAAUAACUGUAUUUUAGUAAAUUGCAACGUAAUAAACAGCACCAGUGUUAGACUAAUUAACAUGAAACUUGACAUAACCCCCCCAACCUAUAUAUGUAUGUAUUUGUAUGUACACCCAAACGCAAAUGAACAAUAUCCCAAUAUACUCGUAAUAUUUACGUGUUGAAAAAAAUAGAAAAAUAAAACUAAAAUAAAAUAUAUAUAUAUAUAUACAAAAAUAUUUGCAAACAUUGCAAGUGACAGUGUACUAAACCAAUUACUUUAAAAAACCAACUGACAAUGAGUAUGUAUAGGUUUUUGUGUAAACACCAUAUAUCUACUAACUAGAUAUGCCAGUUUGUAUAUAUUAACCAAACAAUCCUAAAAAAUAAAUAUAAAACUCGCUAACUAAUACUCUUAUUUUUUUCAAUACUUGUACACGUAAAUGCCGUAGCAGUUACGGUGGUUGAAAUUAAAUACGUUUCCAUGCUGUAACUGUAAAUGGUUUUAUGUGAAACAAUAUCUCUGCACACACAUUAGAUAUACAUAUAUGAAUGAUUUCAAUCACUUUUAUAGCACCAAACACGGCUUGAAUGUAUGUACAUAUACUAUUUUAUAUAAAGAAAAAACAUAAAAGAAACAAAAAAUAAAAACAUGAAAAAACAAGAUAAAAAUUGCAGUAGCAACAUGAAGUAGUGAAAUGUUAAACAAACUAAUUUAUUAUGUUGUAAAAAGUAAAAUAAAAACACUGAAAGGUUUAAAAUGCAAAAUCCGAAUGCAAACAGCAUUUUCGAGAUACAUAAGUUGAGAAUAAUUUGAAUAUAUGAACAACAAGGUCCGCUAAAAAAAGAAAUUCUGGACUAAAUAAAACUGCCUACACAUAUAUUUACCAAACAAGUAAACAAAAAUAGCAACAUAUAUAUGUAUAUAAAAUGAAAUAAAAACUACAAGUAAAUAUUUAAAGAAUUAAACGAAAAGCAAAUUAUACUCAAAACAAACUUAUAUACAAUAUACUAUAUAUAGUAUAUUAAAUAGUAGUGUGUGUGUACAGCAAAUUGAAUUGCUAAAGGACAAACAUAAAAACUUACAACUGCACACAAAAUAAUGGAAUCACUAUCAACAACAACAAUAACUGCUGGCGAGGCAAUUGGUGCAAUAUGCAAUAGCUGAAGGGUAUAUUAUAUGCCCAUAAUCUAUGGAUCAGCAAGAAAACCUAAAUAUCACUAAGCAGAACGCAUAACAGUACCGGCGCUUUCACUACUAAUUCCAGCUAUGCCGUUAAUGAUUAUUGCAAUUACAGUAUGUACAUCAUCCGUUGCAGCGUACACCAACUGGCACAUCUUAAAUAACUUAAAACCAAACAGAAAUUAAAACAAAAACAAAACGAAGAAAUAAAUAUAAAUACAGACAAAACUUGAGUAGGAGCAAAACUUCGCAACUAAAUACAUAUGUAAUUUAAUGUAAAACUAUAAGUUUUACUAUAAAAUAGUUAUAGUGUGUACACUUACUUAGACUUAUACUCAUUCACAGCAAGUAGUUGUAUAUAUCUUUUAUUCUAUGUAUUUCGAUUUUGGUUUCAUUAAGCAAGCGUUUAGUCUAUUUUGUUUACUUUAAAAUCUGACAUUAUUAUUAUUCCACUGCUCGAUAACCAAGGCCAGGCAAGGAACCCUCUAUUUGCAAAACAAGUCCAUCGGGAUGGAAAUGUUUAACAUUUUUUAAUAAUUUUUUGAAAUUCAAAUAAAGUUUUCGCUUUCAACAUAGAUCAAUAUGAACCUUUCAGUUCUCUCAAGCGCUGCCUAAAGCAAUUGUUGCUAGGGGAACAUCUCAGGUCCUGGAACAUGUGCAACACGGGUUGUACCACAAAACUACUAUGGGGUAGUGUUGACACUGGACAGACCAAAAAACAUUUUACUUUAAGCAUAAGAGAAAUAAGCUGUAUCACAGGGGUCAUCACUGGGCACCUACCUCUAAGAGGCCACCUGCAGAGACUUGGUAUAGUAGAUCGGCGGAAGAUGACGAGACACUAGGGCAUUAUCUCUGCGAAUGCCCAGCCUUCUGUCGGUUAAGAAGAGAUACCUUCCUUGGUUCCCAUUACUCUAAUCUGAGAGAAAUUGGGCAGCUGGGAUGGAAAAAAAUCAAAAGCUUCGUUUAAUCGACCGAGUUGUUCAGGUGAUGCUUAUCAGGGUACCCUUAGGGAGCACAAUGGGCCUAAUAAUGGCUUAAGUGCGGCCGCUUGCGGUCAGGCUCUCUUCGUCUCCCAACCACCCAACCAAGCGAUGACUUAUCAUCUGAUUUCUCAGCAAAACCUUAUUUUUGACACCUACUAUAUUGUAGAAGAAAACGACCAGAGGAGAUUAUGAUUGAUCUGGAAUCUCUGUAAUGCUAGCUCGACAAUUUCUUAGUUUGUACAGGAUACAUUGACUCAUGAGAGUUUCUAAUUCUAUUUAUUCUGCAAUUUCAUCAAUUUUAAUCAUUUUAUGGAAACAUCGCUAAAGAUUUUCUUAAAGCAAUCUGUCUAAUGGAUUAAAUACUGCAAACUGAAGUCAACUUUUUAUUUUAUUUUCACCUAAGGAUAAUAUAAGGGAUAUGCCAUACACCAAUUAUUAUGAAUUAGAGGACGAAAUGAUUUUUCAUGUUUUCGACCUUGUAAUAUAGCUUUGAAAUAUAGCUUUAGGCUAAUCAAAAUAUUGAUAAUGGUUCUUAAAUUUUUCGAUUCCGAUUCUUUCUUUUUUGAAUGCCUGCAAAAUAUUCGUUUGUUUCCAUUGUGACCUUUUCAUUUGAGCGAGGCAGUUUUUGAAACUGGGAAAGAAUAGUCCCUGGGGAGACGGUGAGUACUGGUUGAUGUUCAAAGAUGAAAUCCCUUCAUUUGUAAAAAAAAUUGUUGUUUCUGGUCAAAAAAUUUGCAGUCCACACAUUACAAAAUUCAACCAAACAACUUGCUUUUAAUAUAUUAUUUUUCACAUUUUUUCUUACAUUUUUGUUCCUUUAUUUAAAUAUAUACAUAACUUAAAAUAUUUGCUCGUACAUAUUACAUAUGUAGUCAUAGGUAAGUUGUAAAUAAACAGUUUUUAUAUAUGCUUAGUCAAAAAUAGUAGUGUUAACGCUCAAAAAGCGUUAAACGCAAAGCAGAAAUUAUGUAUAAAACUAAAGUUAUUGUUAAGUGCAUAAAAUAGUUAUAAAAUAUUUUAAAAUAGUAGGUAACUAACUAUAUAUUUUUGGUUUGUAAAUAUACAUAUAAAUACGUAUACUGUCAAGGUAGUGGUAUACUUAUUUCAUAAGGUUUACUAAUUUGAAUUUAAUAGCGGUCGGUUUGCACAAAUACAUAUGGUUACAUAUAAUAAUUUAUGGAUUAUAUGCAGCAAUGUUAUAAAAAAAGCUGAAUUAUUUAAGAUAUUGAAGGGGAACCUGUAUCGGUGUGUGUAAAUCUGUGUUUAUAAUUUGAAAGCAAAGAAUUUUGUUAUAAAAUGUUUCUAUGAAGACUGUGCUUUUAAUAAUAUUUUUGUUUAUUCAAUUCUAUUUUAUCAAUUGUAUAGUCAAACCUUUUUUUAAUCUUGAAAUUCUAAAGAAAAACGAUCAAUGUUGAGAACAGAAAGCAAUAUUUUUUUACAUUUGGUAGCGAUAGAUUUGAGUACAUCGUAAGCUAGUAAUUUAUUUAUGUAUUUAUAUUUUAUUAUUGUCUUCGAUUCGCUAAAUGUUGGAGAUCCUUUUAAUAGCCCCGGUUUCUUAUAAAUAUUUAUAUUUUAUUUGAGACUAUUCUGAAACUGUUGGUACCAUUGAAGAAUGCCACUUUAGUGAGGUCUCAUAUUUUUAUAUUUUAUAUUUAGUUUGUUAAUAUUAAAUGAAUAAUGAAAUCUUAAUUCUAAAUUCGAAAAUGAAGAGCACAUUGCAUUACAUUCACAUGAUUAUUAUAUGAAUAAAAGCAAAUAUUUUCUUAACUCUGAACCUUACUCCACAGCUAAAAGAAAUUAUUUUAACUUUUUGAAUCACACAAGGAGAAACGUAUGUUUAUAAACCUCACUACAGGAAGUAUUAAGAAAAAAAAAAAAAACAGUUCAAUUAAUUUAUAGUGGAGAAGAGAGUUUCACAUCUGAUCAGGCAAAGUCACAAAAACUUCUACUUAACCACCCAGUUAUUGGCACAACAACAAGAUAUACACCCUAAAAAUUGAAAAGGAAAUACUUUAGCUUACCAGUAAUUGAAUGACUGGAGCAUUACUAAUACACACACACACCUGUAACCCAACACGUGUAAUUGAAGCCACUUAAUUAAAAAAAAAAACAUAUAAGAUAUAUUACUCAAUAGUAUGCGUGACGUUUCACAAUGUAACCAAUAUUAUUGAAAAGGGAAUACAGUUGUUAAUACAAAAAGCAUAUAUAAAUAAUAAUAAAACGAACGAAAAAGCAUUACUAACGUAAAAAAGUUAUGAAAAUGAAAAAAUCGGUGAUAAAAAUUGUUUAUUAUAUAGAAAAUAAUACAUAAGUUAAUAUAGUAAAUGGUAAUUAAAAAUCAAUUAAGAGUAUAACAACAUGAAUAUUUUUAGUUGCAAUGAGGUGAAAAAAAUAUGAAACAAAUAAGCGCUUAGAAAUUUCGACAAAAAAAUAAAAAAACACUGUGAAAAAACUUUUUAGUAAAAGACAAAAAGCGGAAAAUUACAAAAAAAAAAACAAUUGAUACAAGAACAAAAUAAACAGCUCAUCGGUUUCGGAGCCCUGUUUCUAAAGCAUUUUUCAUAUUUUUUAGAAGCACUUUAUUUAGGGAAAUAAAAAUACUUAUUUUUAACUUUUUAAGCAUCCUUUUGGUUUUCUAUUAAAACGAUAUAUUAUUUCGUCAAUUAGUUUAUUACAAAUAUGCUUAUUUUCAUAAAUUGAUUUUUUUUACAGUUCUUUACCAAUAUAACCAAUUUCCUAAAAACAUGUUUAAUAUCCCUUAUAUAUUAUAUAUUAGAACUUGCAUUUCACUUUUGAAUAUAAUAUCUGCCAUAAAACCUCAAUUCUAUUACAACUAAACCAACCCUCGUAAUAUGGAUGUUUAACGCAUACAGGGGGGAGUCGAGUAAGCUGAGACCAAUUUCAUGCAAUUUGUAUUAAUACAACAAGUAUCGGGAUCUGAAAUACGAAAAUUAAGUGUUCCAGGAAAGAUUUGUAGUGCUGAAUUGCUUUAAAGUUGGGUUACAUAAGUUGUUUAUAGCAAUUUGGAGUAAUUCACGGUAGAGUCGGGUCCAGACUACUAUCAGUAAAAAAUGCACUUCAUGUUGAACUUAUAGUUGAAAGUCAUAUGCUGGAAUGAAAUUUAAUAGAAUAUGUGACUGUUUCAAGUUGAAUAGCAUGACUCUAUAGUAAUUAUUCUCAAUUAGUUAGUAUGGUUUGCAAUAUGUUCUUAAGAAAUUUUUUUUUAAGUUGUGGUAUUUCUGACAUAGUGAUUUAUAAUAAUUUAUUGUAUAUUAAAAUCCGAUUAAAUUAUUUGUUAUUAUUAUAUUUUGAAUUUAAAUAUAUUUUAAUAUGAAUUUCUUUCAUUAAUGACCUUAAUUGAGUCACUUUAAGUUUUAAUAUAAAUAACGUAACAAUCUUCAUAGCUAAGUUCUUGGUAUAGUUUUUUUCUUCCAAAAGUUUACAAAAUUUAAUGUAAGAAAAAAGGAUAUUAAAGCAUUUCUGGGGACUUGUUUUAGACAAAAGCUCCAACGGUUUUACAAACAAAUCUAUAUAUACAUACAUAUAUAAAUAAAUAAUACAAAUUAUGCGAGUAUAUCGUCAAGUAUAUAAGACACACACAUAUAUACGUACAUGUGUACAUAUAUAAAUUAUGUGAGUUGAAAAACCAAAUAACUAAUGAAAUCACAUACUUAGUUGUAUGUUAUACUAGAAUUAAUGAUUAUUAUUAAUAUUAUUACAGACACAAUGAAAUUCUAAAGAACCUAGAGGUUUAAGUCAGCUAUUAAGUAAAACCUAUGUGAGAGUAAAACUAAGCAUAAACUAAAAUUAAAACAAUUAAAACCAGAAAUAUAAAUAAAUAUAAUUAAUGUUAAAUGUUUUAAAAUGCACGAACGUUUUAAUAAAACUACAAAAAAAAAAACACGAAAAGAAUAACAAUUUAAAUGCAAUUACAUAAUUAGCAGAGAAACAAAUAGAAGUAAUACUUGCAGCGAUUAUGAGGAGUGAAAACUGAGUUUACGGUCAUUGCGUAGGUACAUUUGUUAAAGUUGAGGUUGAGGAUUAACUGAGAAGGGGAGAUGGGGUGAUGAUAAGCGAGAAGUAACGAUAUAACGAAUUAUAAUGAGUAUAAAAUAUAUAAAGAAAUUAGCAAAAAAAAAAACCAAAACACUUUCAAAUGAAUUUAAUGAAUGCAGAAAAUAGUAAAAAGUAAGUGGACAUGAUCUAAUUGCUUAACUAAUACAAUUAAACACACACACACACAGGCAAGUUUAGGUCAGCAAACAGAUAAACAUUAUGGUUGUAUGUUAUUAUAUGUAAUUUAUUUCUUUUUAUAUGCAAAUUACAACAAUUUAAGUAAAUAAGAGUACAUAAGGCACACACACUCAAGUCCGCUUGCUAUUUAUUUAAAUACAAUAAAUAUUAAGCAAAUUAAUUGAGUUCAUACCAAACAUAAAUAUACAAUAUUUGAAUUGAUUAGCAUUACACAAUAGACCAGCAGUUAAUAUAAUUAAAACAUAACGCACAUGUGUGUAAAUAUUAAACAAAAAGUAAAUAAAUCUACACAAAACCAGUGUUUAUGGUAUAAGUUAGUUUCUGGUAUAUAGUUUAAGAAUUUUAUAAACUAAUUUUGAAGAGUUAAUUUUUUUUGAAAUCCAUGAUUUUUUUUUAAUAUUUUAAAAUAUUAUAUUAAAAAAAUUAAAUUUUGCGUUACUUAAUUUUUAACAAAAUUAGUUAAUUGUACUCAAUCUAUUUUGAGAACUCAAUAUCGUGUUCCAUUUCCAUGGAUGAUUAAUUUAAUUCAUGAAGUAUUGUUCCCUAACAACAAUCAAGGCAUUGAAUAUACGAAUAUUGGGCCUAAUCAAUAAAUGCAUUUCGAUCGAAAAAUUUUACAUCGGAAUCAUUGAAACCGUAUCGAAAAUAAAAUUUACGAUCAGAUUGAACUCACUUACCGACUCGAAAAAAUACAUUCCGCUACAAAUAGAUGUCGCUAAUUACGAAAUCAUUGAGUCCGCAAAAUCGAAAAUUUUGGUCGAAAUCUAUCCGUUGGUGAAUGAGUUGCGGAAAUGUAAAAGAAAUAAACCAUUUGGAAGUUUUUAUGUAAAUAAUUACUGAUGACGGACUAAAUUAUGUUUUAAAUUUGUAUUUUAGAGAAAAGAAAUACCCUUGAAAAAGCGAAAGAAUUUUCUCAAAGAGCCUCAGGCGUAUUAAAUAUUUUUAUGGAAGAAAUCUCACAACAGUUAAAGGUCAGUUUUAAUUUUUUUUGAACAAAGCAAAAAGCACAGACACUAUUAAAUUUGUCGCAUUAUUCGAUAAAGGUCGAUAACGGUUUUAUGUUCUCACUUUGUGGUAAAGUAGUUUAUCGACGGAAUCAAUGAUUGCAUGAACAUUUUCGAUCGAAAAUCGUUAUCGUAUCGAAAUCGAUUUCGCUGCGGAUUCAAUGAUUAGGCCUAUCAAUUACUCAUGACGAAAAAGGCUUUUAGCUGAGUUUAUCUCAAGUAGUAUCCUUUUGGGACAUACUCGUAAAAAAGCUGAUAUCUAGCGUACUUUAAAACUUAUUUUUAUAUUGUUCGAGGAAAAUUCUUGUACAUAUAAACCCUGAAGGUCUGCUAAGUACAGAUAAGAGCGCAAUGUUUCGAAUAUAUAGGCACUUCGACGCUAUACAAACUGUAUUCGAAUAGCAUGGGUUAUGUACUUUUGAAACACCGUUCUUGCUAUAGAUUAAAAU